AACAGAUCAAUAAGAGUACCGUGGUAAAUCUGUGUGUGACCUCACGGUUAAACAGAGCAAAUCUGAUAUAUAAAGACACACACACACACAGUCAGGACAAACACAGAGCUCAUGCACACAUUCAGUUUAUCUGAGGAACAUUUAUAAGAAAUCAUGAUCACACACGACACAAGCAACGGUGUGAUUCAUCGCACAAAUCCACGAGCAUCCGGUGAAGAUCAGCAUCGCUCAGAGAACGGAUUCAUUAGACAUGAUAAUUUGACUCAUAUGAGGGAAGUGACACAGAGACGAGAUGAGAUUGAGCAGAAGAUUCAAGCAGAUUUAAUCAAACAUGUUAAAUCUCAACUCAAUGAAGUUCUGGACAAAGCGCUCACAGACUUGAUGCAAAACACCGUGAAUGAUAAUCACAGAAACACUGAUGGAAAAGGAAGCUGUGAUGGCAGGCACAGACUGAAGCAAGAGAAGAUGUUUGUGGCCAGAUGUUCAUUGCUGGAUGAAUUAUUUGAGAUCAAUCACAUCAGGACCAUCUAUCACAUGUUCAUCGCUGCUCUCUUCCUCUUCGCCUUGAGUACUUUAGCGGUGGAUUACAUUGAUCACGGCAGAUUGGUUCUAGACUUUGAUUUGUUUUUUUACGCAUUCGGGCAGUUGAAUACUGUGAUAUGGGCCUGGUUUCUCAUGUUCUGUUACACAUUGUUUGGACCGUAUCAUGUACUGAGAGUUUGGGCCGGACGGUACCACAGCUGUGAGCACGGGACUUGUGUAACAGCAGUGUCAGCACUUAUAUUGUGUGUUACUCAGCUGAGCAUUCUGGGAAUUUUUCCAGUGUAUGUUGUGUUAAAGUACCAACUGCCUCCCGCAUCCCGAUUCAUCAUCAUACUAGAACAGAUCAGAUUUGUAAUGAAGAGUUACUCAUUUAUCCGUGAGACGAUAUCAGUCGUUGUUAGAAACACAUCACAGAAAGGUCAAGUGUUGCGCUAUCCGUCUCUUCACAGUUAUUUGUACUUCUUAUUUUGUCCCACAUUGAUCUAUCGGGAGGUUUAUCCACGGAACACGUGUAUCAGGUGGAACUAUGUUGGCAUGAACUUUCUAAAGGUAUUAGGCAGUGUGUUUUAUCUGUACUUCAUACUGGUGAGAUUGUGCAUCCCAGUGUUUAUGAAUAAAAGCAGUCAAGCGUUCAGUACACGCACACUCAUACUGGCUCUGUUUCACGCUGCUUUUCCAGGAAUGUUGAUAUUAAUGUUGGGAUUUUAUGCCUUUCUGCACUGCUGGCUCAAUACUUUUGCUGAGAUACUGCGAUUUGCUGACCGGAUGUUCUACAAGGAUUGGUGGAAUUCAACCUCCUUCACCAAUUAUUACCGCACGUGGAACAUUGUUGUACACGACUGGCUUUAUUAUUACGGUUAUCGUGAUUUCCUCAGGCUGUCAGGUGAGAAGUUUCGCUCGGUGGCCACACUUUCUAUAUUUGCGGUUUCAGCUGCGGUUCAUGAAUACGCCUUUACUAUGGGCUUUGGUUUCUUUUAUCCCGUGAUGUUUUGCACAUUUGCUGGAAUAGGAGUGAUAUUUACGUUUGCAUUGAAUGACAAAAGGACGAGUCCGGUGUGGAACAUCAUUAUGUGGAUGUGUUUGUUCAUCGGUCAGGGCAUUCAUGUCUGCCUGUACUGCCUGGAGUGGUACGCCCAGAUUCACUGCCCGCGUACCGGGACAAGCUUCUGGGAGUUGGUGACUCCACGGUCAUGGACGUGUAGCUAUCAAUGACAACACAACACAAAACUGAACUGAACUUGUCCAUCAUAUAUUAUGUAAUAUAAUAUACAUAUAAUAACCAAGACACUGACAUCAAAUUCUGGUUUUAACAAAAAGUUUUACAUUAUAUAACAGUGCACUGUAAUAAGUUAAAAGUUGAAUGAAAAAUGUUCUACUAAAGUACAAUUGUACGUAAAAAAACUAAAAUUUUUAGAUGUUACAAAUUGAAUUAAUUUUUUUAAGUUGAUUCAAUUUUUCACUUUUUACAGUGUGGUUAUGGACUGAUCUGAUGGAAAAAGAAUUUAAAUGCAUAUAAUAAGAGAAACAUCAAAUUUAUUUUGCUAACAUUUGUACAAUAAACAACUUUGGCGUUGUGUUGUGCCACCACGUAAAUGGACAACUUAAAAUCCUGACGCGAAAACAUUUAUGAACCACUAUACUUACAAUAAUAUUUGUAUUUAGACUUUUUUAAUGACUUGAUAUUUAACUUUUAAAAUAUUGCUUUUGGGAAGGUAGAUUAUUUGUUGAAUUGAAUGCCAACUUUAAUCAAUGUGUGUGUAUAUCUUGAUCAAUGUAAUAAACCUUAUUAUAAAUAA